UGGAUAUCUGCAACCAAACCCAGACUGAUACGCAGGAAAAAAGCCUCAACACAUCUGGAGACUCAGCCACCGGUUGCACAAGCAGUGGAAAGCUUUCCCAGCAGAGACCUCACUUCAACAAAGAUGGACCCAGUACUUUCCAGUUCCUCUCCUGUCAACAUUACCAAAAUGGUUGACAUCCUUUAUUCACAGUAUGCUCCAUCUCUCCUGCAUAACAUGUCUGACCAACCAUGCCAAUUCAUUGUGUCAUUCAAGUACAUCUCCAACUUCAUCCCUGUUAUCUACAGUAUCAUCUUUAUCUUGGGCUUCAUUGAGAACAGUAUGGUAAUCGCUGUCCUUUGCCACCGCAUUCAUUUAAAAACCGUUGCUAACGUCUACAUCAUCAACUUAUCGAUUGUUGACUUGCUCCUCUUGUCCACACUUCCCCUUUGGGCAGUCUACUAUGCUACUGGACACAAUUGGCUUUUUGGGACAGUGAUGUGCAAAAUAUGCAGCUCUCUCAUAUUUCUGAAUUUAUAUGCCAGUGGAUUUUUCGUUAUGUGCAUGAGUAUUGAUUGCUUCCUCGUAAUUCUGCAUCCUAUUGAUUCUCAGACAAAGAGGUCUCUAUGCCAAGCUCACUGUGUCACGAUCCUUGUAUGGACUGUGUCUUUGGUUGCAACAUUUCCAACUGUCUACUUUCAAGGUCCCCUUCACGUCAAAUCACUAGAAAGCACAAUGUGCACAAUGGUUUAUCCCCCCAGCAACACCAAUCAUUGGUCUGCAGCCAUGUCUUUGAUGGAAAAUACUCUGGGCUUCUUCAUUCCCUUUACUGUAAUAGGUACAAGCUUUGGUUCUUUUGCUUGUCAUCUGAUGAGGAUGGAAGUACCAGAAAGAAACAAGUGCAAACGCAAUAAGGUGCUGUGGAUGGUGAUAGCAGUUGUCCUGGCUUUUUUCAUCUGCUGGCUGCCAUUCCAUGUAUUAACUUUUAUAAAUGCGUUGUUGAAACUGAACUUCAUCACUGAUUGCCGAACAACCACCAUAAUUGGAACUGCGAUGCCAAUCAGCAUUUGCCUCGGUUUUGCAAAUGGCUGCAUCAAUCCCUUUAUCUACUGCUUUCUGGGAGAUCACUUUCAAAUGCAACUCAGUGACAUGACUCGCAGAGGGUCCGCCACUCUCUACAAUCGGAGGAGCUCAUCGACAUAGAACGUAGAACAGCACGGGAACAGGCCCUUCAGCCCACCAUGUCUGCACCAACCAUGAUGCUAAUCUAACUAAUUCCAUCUGCCUGCACAUGGUCGGUAUCCCUGCGUUACCUGCCUGUAGACAUGCCAUCUAAAUACCUCUUAAAUGUUGCUUUUGUAUCUACUUCCACCACUUCCCCUGGCAGUGCGUUCCAGGUACCUACCACUCUCUGUGUAAAAACUUGUCCUGCACAUCUCCUUUAAACAUCCCCCCACUCACCUUGAGGCAAAGCCCUCUAGUAUUUGACAUUUACACCCUGGGAAAAGGACUCUGUCUAUCUACCCUAUCUAUACCUCUCAUCAUUUUAUUAAAUUAUAUCAGGUUUGCCCUCAGCCUUUGUCCAACCUCUCCUUACAGCUAAUACUCUCUAAUCCAGACAACAAUGUGGUGAACUUCUUCUGCACUCUUUCCAAAGCCUCCACAUCCUUCCUGUAAAUUGGCGACUGGUAACCAGGAUCACUUCCUCUUCUUGCAAGAACUGUGACAGAGAUGUUAUUGGGCCUAACCACUUGUGAGAGGUUAGAUCUAAUGAAACAAAGACGACACCCAGCUAAAUUUCAGUUGAUAUCCCACGUGGCUGCGCAACAAUGGUAAAACAUGGAGACACAAGAGACUGCAGAUGCUGGAAUCUGGAGCAACACACAAAAUGCUGGAGGAACUCAGCAGGUCAGGCAGCAUCUAUGGAGAGAAAUGGACAGUUGAUGUUUUGGGUCGAGACCCUUCAUCUGGAUAUGUGGACUUAGAGAAUUAAAUUCAUAUAAAAGCAACAUUAAAAUGUCUCUGCAUUGGGGAUCUUUGCCCUACACAGUGACCUUUGAUUCAGAGCCACUGAGGCAUCAUUUUCUUGUGCGCCAUGAGAAGUUCCUUUGCACAGUUUCACUAAGUAAAUGAGCAUACUUUUGAGUUGACUGCAAACCAUGAAGUUACCUGCAUCAUCACAACCUGCCAUGGUUGGAGGUCUCAAUGUGCUGCUUCUCAAAUGGAAUUGCUGCUGGAAGACAUAGCUCAGCUUGGUGGCCCAUCAUGAGGAAUGCUGGACUGGACAGGACCUUGGAAACCCAACUUCUUGGCCCUCCAUCCAAUACUGAACUAGAUUCAAUGAUGUCUUCUGUAAUGGACUCCCUAAAAAUGAUGUUUUGCUUCAAGGAUGCCCUUGCUGGCCUGUUUGUAUCUAUGCUUUCCUGAGCAUGGCCCGAGCUGGUCUUUCACCAUGUAUUUCUCUUGCAGCAUUGACAUCUAAUGUGUGUUACCUGAUCUGUGCCUCACUGGUCGUGCAGAAUCAACUCCCAUGCACUAUAAUUUUGAGUGUCACCUUCAUUAGUUAAUUUUUCAACUCAAUACAGUGGUGCAGUUCAUAAAAAGUAUGCUGAACAAUCGAAUUUCUAGCCCAUGAUUUCUGAAUAUUAUUGGAAAUAUAAUAAUGAAAUAAAAACAGAUGAUGCUGGAAAUAUUCUUCAGAAAGCACUGAUGACAACAUUUGGACACCUUGUUUGUGCUGCCCCUGGUUUCCCAGCACUGUGGCCAUGUUGGAGCCACAUCACUGAACGCAUUUCUGUAUGGUGUACUCUGAGAGUUUUCUUUUGCUUUAUCAGCAUGUUGAUAAUCUUCAGUGAAUUUCAAUUUCCUGGGUGCUAUGUAAUACACAGAGUGCCAUUCUGUUGCUAAGCUGUUCUCAUACAAAUCAUGCACACCAAUAUCUUAUUAGUCAAACUGAGGCAAAGGAUGAGAUUAACCUGUACAAGAAAAUAAGAAAAGUAAAUAGUUUGAUUGGUUUGCACCUUUCACUUCCUUGGGAUGUUCCAAAGUGUUCUGCAACCAAUGAAUUAGCUUUUGAGGUGAAAUCAUUAUUUUGAAUCCACAGUGAGUGCUACUUGUCUCACUGGCAGAAGCCCAGUUCUGGAAUGGUUCUUGAGUGGUUUCCACUGUCCUUGUAUCAGAAUCAGAACGCACUAUAGAGAUAAUCUUAGACAAACCCAGUGUGGGUUGUUAGAUUGUGACUAGUGUGCAAGAAGUACUAAUGUAAAUCCUUAUUACUCCUUGAGUUUUUCAUGGUGUUUACCACCUAAUAAAAGAUUUUAUAUUUUGUCUGCA